AUGGCCCUUGUUGCCGCGCAGGCAGCAGCUCUCAAUGCCAGUGCCACCGCCAGCAUCACCACAAAUGCAAAGAGUGCCCGCCCCCCCUCGGGAGCACGGCGUCGUGUCACUACAACCGCACCCGUUCUCUCGCCAAUGCCAGCAUCUAUCCCUCCACAUUCUGUGGCAGCAGGUAUAGCAGUGUCAGCAGUGUCAGCACCACUCGUUGUUCGGGUUAAGAUUCGCUUCCCAAGUCUCAGUGGCUGCCCUGUUUACACCCACGAGUACGCCAGUUCGUCUGACCUCGCAGUCACCAACCGGCUCUUCAAAGGACUCCUACGGCGGCUGCACCACUGCAGCACGGAGCUGAUCACUCGCAAAGACUCGCGCGCUCUCAAGCCUCUGCGGCGCCUAGCCGACAGCCAGGCAACCAACAAACCGCUCCGAUAUGAGAUUCACUUCCACUUCCUCCGUCAAGACACCGGCCUCUGGACCGAGCGGACAUAUUCCUCGUACCAGCGGCAGGAUAUCACCAGUUCCGAUGCACACGAGAUUAUCCUUGCCACCCACUAUAUGGUCGGCCUUUUCCUCCGCCGCCAUGAUCCUUCAUUUCACUGGACGGACGGGCCCUUGGCAGACACGGCCACUUUUGCUCCUCGUCCCGAAGAGCCAGAACUGGUCCGCCAUACUGUCGGUCAUCCACUCCCGCUCUCGUGCGUCCCUCGGUCUCGCUUUCUGGAAGACUCUCAGUCUUUCGAAUUCACACCCGGCUACGCUAUCAAUCUCACCUUCCGCAGCCGGUGCCACGGUCGCAAGCAAUACGAAUGGAAGCGCGUCAUCAACCUACAAAGCAAGCAAAAUGCUCCGCUCAGCCUAUCUCUUGCCGAGAACCUGUUGUGGGACACAUUCGGGUCGAUUAAUGAGACUCUGACUGCCCGCCGCGAAACCUUCUUGGACGAACACAAGGCCUGCGACUUUUUGGAGGGUGUUGUCGGCUGCCAGCAUUUUGGCGAAGAUGCCCUCGACAUUGAGCUCGGUGUCGAAAACAAACUGGGCCCUGUCUUUGACCACCUCACGCGGUCCAUCCAAAGUAAACUCGGCCUCUUCCGCGAUCCAGACGCCCGCGAUUGCCAGGAUUUUUUCCGGGCCAUCCACGCCCAGUUGCUCAAUAUGCGCGACAAUGUCGAUGCCCGGAUCAGUGCAUUCCCAGACUUUGACCUACGUAUUCUUACCCUCUGUUCUCCAACAUGGUCCGUCGAGAAUCCGGCACGCUUUGUCCUCGACACAGCCACGUCCUACUCGCGCCGCACCGUCAAGGCCAUGUUGGAUCGCGUCCAAACGGGCGUCUCCGACGUUCUCCGCAACCGCGACUGCACCAUCCACCUCGUUGCCUACAAGCGCGGUCACCUCAUUCUUGACAAAGCAUUGAUUGCCCGCCCCCUGCCGCCCAAGCCGACCCUCUUCCCCAUGCCAGCCGUCUUUGAGCAGCCUGACACCAUUGUGGCCCGUCUCAAGGACCGCAUCCACAGCGACCUCGAUGCCGUCUGCAAGGACACUUGCUCACUAGACGGCAUAUCAGACAGCGCGGGUGAUGAAGUUUUUCUUGCCAAUAACAAUGUCAAUGCUGCCGCCAAUGAAAAUGACGCUCUGCCCGACAGCCCGUCAUUCCCACUUCUUGUCCCGGGGGCCUUUGAGCAGGCCAUCAUUCUCGAGGACCCGACUGAUGCCCACGAGGAAGAACCUACCAUUCCUGCCCCGCGUGUGGUCGAGUUACCGGACGACGUCUUUGUUGACGCUCUUGAGCAGCCUCAGGCCUUGCCACAAACAGCGGCUCUCACUCCUCCGACAAGUGCUAGCAGCCGUCGCCGCGCCUUCCCACUCAUACCGGAAAAGUUUACACUACCGCACUGUCGCAGCUCUUCGGGUGUGACCUUUGUAUCGGCAAAACAGCCGACCGAGUCUGUGGAAGGGGUUGUAGAAGAGGCUCCGGAGUCUAUGGUGCUUUGGACUUUACCGGUUGAGACUGUCGAUUCUGCCGAGGCUGCCGUGGUUGCUGAACCAGUGUCGGUAGGAUCGACUGCUGAGACUGCCGAUGUUACCGAGCAAGUUGAGGCUAUUAAAGCAAUCGAGGAGGUGGGUGCCGACAAGGUUGGUGGGGCAGUUGAGGCAGUUGAUUCUAUUACGACUGCACGUGUAGUUGACGCUGUUACUACUACCGAUGCUAUCGAUACCACUGCAGAGGAGCUGGUUGAAGGUGGCGAUGGUCACGUCGAUGUUCCCGUCGUUAACGUCGAAGAAAACCUCUGCCCAUCUUCUCAACAAUGUGAUGCCGAAUCUGUCGCUGAAAACAACGCUGAGGUUGAGGACCUUCUCAUCAUAGAGUCCGAACAGCCUGUUUUGGAGGACGAUAGCCGUGUCAAAUCAGGGCAGGACAUCGAGGGACAUUCUCCACGCGCGCCUAUGCCAGUCGUCAAGGAUAACGGGGACAAGGACACUGAAUCUUUUGUCGAGGAUGAUGAGAAGACUUCCAUCAACGCAUAUGCCAUUCCCGGCGAUGGUGCUCGGGUGGAAUAUGGGACCACUGUGCCGGAGAUCGUGGAGGAGCUGGCCCAGCCGCUAGUUCUCGACUCACCCCCAAUGUUCUACACAUUCGAUGAUUCAGACUCUGCCGAGUUGGACAAUCAGCCUUCAGUCGAGCUACGCUUUGACAACGUCCCGACUGUUGGCACCCAGUUUGACACAAUAAUCGAAUCUGACAUCGAAGACGCCGACCUCGCUUUUGAUUUACCAGUGUAUGGUGACUUCCUGCCGCCGCAGAAUGAAGCCCUGUCCCUGUUUGGAACCACACCGCAAGCCGCUUCAACCAUUUUCAGCGACGAGCCCGGAACACUAGCUGCCUCUGAGACUUCGUUUGAAUCUGCCUAUGAAUCCGCUCCGGAGUCAGACGUGAAUGAGGAGUCGUUUGUUUCGUCGUUCGCAUUCUCCCAGAAUGACCAUGACGAAUCAUUCAUUACCAACACUACAGCUCCCACAGCUGUCUCGCCCGAAUGCACGCGCCCAUCAACUCCUUCACUUAGCCUCAGCUCCGGUGACCUCAACUCGCCACAGACGAGCCUACUUGACACACCCAGCCUGAGCCGCGAAGUGCGUUCCGGCAUCCUUUCUGGCUUUGACUCAGGCGGCACCACACGGCUGGACUUCAGCCGCGCGUAUAGGUAUGAUGCCAACAGCGAGCCUGACCCCAGUGAAUACUCCAACGGCGUCUGUCACUUUUCCCAGUUCCAGGGCGACAUAAAGCAACGAUCCGACUGUUCACUGGCCAUCAAGAGCCUUUUUGGUCAGUCCGUGGCUGUGUCUACUUCAUGCCAUGUCGAACCUGUUUCUGAAUCAGAGUCUGUCCCGGCAGAAAUUUGGCCUAGCACCACUGAUACCACACCGUCACCCGACAUCGACUUUGAUGUCAAAACCAUGGACCAGCUGCUCAAGUUUGACGACGAUGAGUUUGAGCCGAACUCGGUCCCCGCAUCGCCCACGGUCAGCUGUGGCCUCAACUUCAAGGACUCUUUUGAAGAGUUUGCCAUGACCAAGCCGACCCUCGACCUGGACGAGUAUGCUGACCUUGUAGCUGACGACGACGCCAUGUCAACUACUUCUCGAGUUAACGACAUCAUGGACAGCCUUCUAGAGGACGUCGUCGUCGACGAGCACAGUCAAUCGCACACCGAAAUUGAGAGCGUCAUCAGCGCGGAACCCUGCGAAUACGACAGGCCAUUGCAGCCGGACGAGGAAGCCGAUGACCUCCAUGAGCUUCACGACCAGAAAAGCACUGAGCAGGCCCGCGCCGUAGAGCCUCAGCCUGAGCUUGCUGCCGAAACUAAGCUUGUCCGGCCCAUCUCCAUUUUCAUCGUGCAGCCUGUUAAUCAGCCGGCCGAUGGGAUGGCUAUUACUUCCGACGGUAAACCAGACGUCGAAGAAACUGAAAGUUCCUUUGAGCAGAAUGUCGUGGUUGAGAAGGUCACAGGAGAAUGUCACAGCACUCCUAGUGUUUGCUUCCGAGACAUCGCCUCUUCCGUUCCGCUGCCAGAGUCCGAUGACCUGGAGCUAAACAUUGAGCGUUUCGUCGUUAGCCACGAACAGGAGCCUCUAGUCACAGAUGAGGAGCCCGACUCUGAAGCAACUUUCGACCCGGUUUCUGAGCUGCCUUCCAAGGUCGAUGCGGAUCAGGGAGUUGACGCACCGUGUGGGGCUGUCGCGAUUGAAGAUCCAUUUGUUGAGGCGCCCAUGGAGGAAACUAAAGUGACCCUGCCUGCUUUGAUAUCUGAGGUACCUCUCAUUACACCAGCAACCGAGGAACACGAGAUCACUGCUGUUGUGGUCAACGAAGAUCGGAGUCUAGAUGCAGCGCCAAGGCAGAUCAUUGCUGAAGCCACUCAUGAUGAUACCCUGCACAAUGCUGAGGAGGAGCUCCAGCCACCCACGGAAACUAAUGACGAUACGAAUGAAGUUUCCGAGCUUGUGAAUCCCACCAACCCCUACGUCAUUGGCAUUUCUGAGAUGAAUCAAGAUCAAACACCUGUGCUCCAAUGGUCCGCCCCGGAUGAUAUUGUCGAGCUAGGCGUUGUGUCUUCACUUGUCCCUAUUGCACAAACUCUUGUCGACGAAGUUCCGGUGCCUAUCAUUCCUGCCGAGAUGAAAUCUCUAUCUAUUGUUUCCGCCUUACGGUCGGCUCCUCUUGAGCAGAUCGUGGAGAUCCCGGGAAGGCCCACCAACUCUUCUACUUUUACGGACACGUGUGAGGAGACGACGUGUGACUCGACCGAUUGCAUCACAGACUUCAAAGAGACUCCAGCACCUCCCGCGCCAAAGCACACAAUUUCCUGGUCUCUUCCUCGCGCCGGCCAUCUCGGUCUGGAUGAAACCCGCCUUAUCCGGGUCGGACUUCGCAGUGCUUUGACUGGUUCACGCGCAUUUGACAAUGUACCCUUCACGAUCAAAAAGUGGCAGCCGCCAACUCCGCCAGUUCCAGAACCUACAGUGGCUGAAGAAGACGGCGUACCGACCCAGUCUUCACCGGAAAGCUCGCCUGUACAAGCGUCCAAGUCUGAAUUGCCGUCUACAGAGUCUAAAACCACGCACACAGCGUUGGUCACCAACGAGGCCCUAGGAGAUGGUAUGCCGACCACAAGACAAGACAACAUGCUGCCCCGUGUGGUGAUUGCAUUCGCUAGCAUGGCGAUCAUGUCGCAGAUGAUUAACAGGACGUCGUGA